GAAGGUGUUGGGGGGGGAGGGGGAGCCCACAGCCAGUCCUGCUUCCCCGCACUCCCUCUCACAGCCCCGCGCGCCUGAGAGCGCGCUGGCCGCACCCGCCGCUUCGGAGCGGCACCGUUUGCUAUGUAGGGACCUUUAGGUGGGGGCGCGGAUCUAGAGGCCGCAGCGCGCCUCCCCCUGAGUUCGGAGGGGGGGGGGGUGUCCCGGAGGCUGUAGCUGCAGCAGCAGAACCCAGUCGGAGGCACCCACGGGGGUCCCCUCGCAGGCGGGAUGUUCUCCAAAAAGCCGCACGGCGAUGUGCGGAAAUCUACGCAGAAGGUGCUGGACACCCGCAAGGAUCCGCUCACCCGCCUCAAACACCUGCGCGUCGUUAUCGAAAACGCAGAGUCUGUAGACCUUAAGCAGCUUUUUGACCUACACUUUUCACACAUAUAUUAUGUGUUCUUUGAAAAUUUUGUGACUAUUGAAAUAAGUCUCAAGCAGAAAGGACACAAGUCACAGAGGGAAGAACUAGACGCUAUACUUUUUAUUUUUGAGAAAAUUUUACAACUUCUUCCAGAAAGAAUUCAUCAAAGAUGGCAAUUUCACAGUAUUGGCUUAAUUUUAAAGAAAUUACUUCACACAGGGAAUUCUUUAAAGAUUCGUCGUGAAGGUGUACGUCUGUUCCUCUUAUGGUUGCAAGCUCUUCAAAAUAAUUGUAGUAAAGAGCAACUGUGUAUGUUUUCUUGUUUAAUUCCUGGAUUUCCACCACCACAGUCUGAAUAUGGACCUCGGACUCUAGAUAAUCUAAUAAAUCCUGUACUAAACGUUCAUGAAACACAAGUGACAGUAGAAGAAAUUACUCCAUUAGUCCCUCCACAAUCAGGAGAUAAAGGACAGGAUGAUCUAACAAGCUAUUUUUUAGAAGCACUUUUGAAAUACAUGGUGAUUCAGGUAAAAAGUCUGGAAUGGAAGAAUAAAGAAAACCAAGAAAAGGGAUUUUCAUUCUUAUUUUCACAUUUUAAGAAAUAUUACUUGCCUUAUAUUUUCCCAAACAUAUGUAAGGAGAGCAGCUUGUAUAACCCUGUACUUGAGAUGCCACAAAUGAGACCAAAGCCACACUAUAUAAUGAUAAAGAAAGAUGCUGAAACCAAUGAAGCAAUAUAUUGCACAAAGGAGCCUUUUCUUAAGGCUCGUGUAAUUGUCAUCCGGUGGUUGGUGUCUUUCUGGCUUGAGCCAAAACCUCAUGCAGGACCUCAAAUUCCUGGAAUGGAGGGUGAAAUUGUGCCAAAGAAUAUUCAGAGGGCAGCUGCUAGCCUUGUUUCUAGAGAAGACAGCAAAAAUGACAGUACUGAUAGACCUGAUAGAAGUGCAGAGCCUGAACAAUCUCAUUCAAACACAAGCACUCUAACAGAGAGAGAACCUAGUUCCUCCAGCCUUUGCAGUAUUGAUGAAGAACAUCUCACCGAUAUUGAAAUAGUCCGCAAAGUUUUUUCUACAAAGAGAAGUAAUGUUAACUUUCUUACAGAAAUCUUUCGUCAGGCAUUUUUACUGCCAAUAUGUGAAGCAGCAGCUAUGAGGAAAGUGGUGAAAGUAUACCAGGAGUGGAUCCAACAGGAGGAGAAGCCCUUAUUUAUGAAAGAUCCAGAAGAAAUAAUGUCCUCUUCAAACACAGAUUGUGAUGAAAACAUGGUGGAACAUAAUUCAUUGGAGAAGGGGAAUGAAAUAGAGGAGGAAACUAUGAAUAACUCUGGUCCUGUUCGAAAUUCAAGUUGGACUAGAAAUGACUGCUACCAGGAUACUCCCCAUAAAGUAUCUGACUUGGAUGCCACUGAGCAAGGCAUACGAGCUGGAGUGCAAGCAGUACUGCAAGUUUUUAUAAUAAAUUCCUCAAAUAUAUUUCUGCUUGAACCAGCAAAUGAGAUUAAAACUCUGUUGGAUGAACAUACUGAUAUGUGUAAGCGCAUUCUGAAUAUCUACCGAUACAUGGUGGUGCAAGUAACCAUGGACAAGAAGACUUGGGAACAGAUGCUGCUUGUGUUGCUCAGGGUCACAGAAUCGGUUUUGAAAAUACCAUCUCACAUUUUUCUGCAAUAUCAAGGAAGAAAGAAUUCAACUUUGGCAGGAAGGCUUGCUGGUCCUCUUUUCCAGACUCUUAUAGUAGCUUGGAUCAAAGCAAAUCUAAAUGUGUACAUCUCCCGAGAACUUUGGGAUGACCUGUUGUCAGUAUUAUCAUCGUUGACUUAUUGGGAAGAGCUGGCCACUGAGUGGUCCCUAACCAUGGAGACUCUAACAAAAGUAUUAGCUAGAAACUUAUACAGCUUGGAUCUCAGUGAUUUGCCAUUGGAUAAAUUAAGUGAGCAGAAACAAAAGAAGCAUAAAGGCAAAGGUGUUGGACAUGAGUUUCAAAAGGCAUCUGUUGAUAAGUCAUUUUCAAGAGGCUGGAGCCGUGAUCAGCCAGGCCAGGCCCCAAUGAGGCAGCGCAGCGCAACCACAACUGGAUCUCCAGGAACAGAAAAGGCCAGAAGCAUAGUGCGACAAAAAACAGUCGCCAUGAGAAGCCGAUCCAUUGGUGAAUGUGCUCUGCCAUCGGCCUAUAUACGCAGUGCUAAAAGUGCUCCUGUUCUGAUCCAUACUUCCAAACCCUUCUUGCCUGAUAUUGUUCUCACUCCCCUUUCUGAUGAGCUUUCAGACAUGGAUGAUGCUCAGAUCCUCCCACGUCCACCUCGAGUCAGACAUUUUUCACAGAGUGAGGAAACACCCAGUGAAGUUUUUGAUGUGCUGAAUGAAGAACAGCCACUACCACGAAGUAGCAGCACAUCUGACAUCCUGGAACCAUUCACAGUUGAACGAGUCAAAGGUGCAGUUCCUGUCAUUGACGGUUCAUCCCAUCAUGCUCCAAGCUUGCAGAGUUCCACUGAGGCCUCUUCAAUAUGUAGAUCCACUGAGAGUCACGUUACUGAUUCAAAUAGCAGAGAGUCCUCUCUGGAAGUUGGGGAUAGUAUUUAUGACCAUCUCUGUCAUUUGGUAGGCCCUGUAGAACUUGAAUUUACAGCCUUUGAACAAAACCAAUAUAUUGACCUUGAAGGUGAAGAUGAUCUUUUUUCCUCUCUGAGAGAAUAUCUUAAGGAAAAAGAAGAACUUUGCAGUAGCAUUGAGAUAGAUAAGCAAGAGCCUUUUCCUCUUGAAGUUGAAGGAAUAAGUAAGAGUGAUAAAUUACCAUUGGAUGGAGUAGAGUACACAGACCAAACUGUUACAUGCUCAAGUAGUACCACGGUUGCACCAACGAUCAAUAAUGCAGAGAUGCAAUUGGAGCAAAACCAAAGUGGCUUUAUAAGUAAUAUUGCACCUACACAAGUAGACGAUUCGACAGGAAACCACGCUGAUAAAGCUAAACAGUUAAAUGUUGAUAAGCAUGCCCAAAACCUGCCUGAAUAUGGGUUAAGUAGCCCUCCUAACCAAGAAAGGAAGAAAUAUUUGCACAGACAAAUUGCCACUGAUGCAGAUGUAUCUGUGGAAACAGUGUUAGCUGACAAGCAUAAAAGCACCCUUUUUAAUGAAAAAAUAAUCAGCACAAGUGUUAUGCAUGCAAAGAAAAUGCCACCUAAAGCCUUAGUUAACCCUGAAAUGGUUCACGUGACAGGCAUGAGCAAAGUCUCACCAACCAAGAGAAGCAUAUCUGAAACCGUAACUCACAAGGCUAAAAUCAUGAAAAUAGCAGCUAGAAAACGAAACAGUGUUCAUGUUACAUUUAGACCAUCUACUGAAUCAGUUCAGUUUUAUAAUCCUCUAGAAAACAAAGAGGCCCCAUGGAAAGCAAGGCUUCGUAAACUCAGUGGUUUCAGUAGUGGUAGCAGUAGCAGCAGCACAAGCACCGGCUCAUCUGCUGUGGCCGUGCUGGUCAGGCCUGGAAUAUAUAGACCUCUAGAUGCAAUCAAUACAACUUCUGCUAAUAAUAAACAGAUUAAAGAUUCGGGAGAAGUUCCAGCUUUCACAUUGCAGAAGGAAAGUAUUGGAGUAAAUCAGAUGUCUAAUCGUAGCCCACCUAAACCAGCGAGUCAGGAGUCGGGACAACAGCAGGGCUCCCUGGGUGGUGUUUAUAAAACUGUUGUACAUGCUCUUUCGAAGCCGAAGGCAAAUGUUUCCCCACAGAGGCAGAACAGAGUGCCAGCAGAGGCUCCACUGAGGGAUCUGUACAGUCAUGUAAUGGGCUAUUUUGGAAAGAAAGCUGCAGCCAAUAGAGAGGAUAUGAGCCAAAAGCAGAACCCUCUGGGUAGUGAUAAUGGCAGUAGUAAUACAAAUAUUCCUGAUCUCAUGGAUGAGUUUAUAGCAGAAAGACUACGCAGUGGUAGUGCUUUGAAUGUGACAAGAAGAGGGAGCAGUCCAGGAAGCCUAGAAGUUCCAAAGGACCUUCCUGACAUACUAAACAAGCAGAGCCAAAUGCGGCCUGUAGAUGACCCAGGAGUGCCUUCUGAAUGGACAUCUCCAGCCAGUGCAGGCAGCAGUGACCUUGUCAGUUCGGAUAGCCAUUCUGACUCCUUCAGCGCAUUCCAGUAUGAUGGCCACAAGUUUGAAAAUUUCAGUUUUGCUCCUGAGGGUGACACAGCAGGUUCUGUGGUGUCUGAUGCAGGUUCAGGACCUCAGCAAAGUGCUGAAGAACAGGAAGUGGCUAGUCUGACAACACUUCACAUUGAUUCUGAAACCAGCAGUCUCAAUCAGCAACCAUUGUCUGCUGAAGUAGCAACUAUUACUGGUUCUGAAAGUGCGUCACCUAUCCAGUCUGCUCUAGGUUCACGGUCCCAGACACCAUCACCUGCUACUCUGAGUGCAGAUCACAAUGAACAGAAGGAUCUACAGCUGGAUGAGAAGCUCCAUCACUCCGUUUUACAGACUCCAGAUGACCUAGAAACUAGUGAUUUUCCAUCUGAAUGUUGUAGUGUGAUGGCAGGAGGAACCCUGACUGGGUGGCAUGCAGAUGUCGCUACUGUAAUGUGGAGGCGAAUGUUAGGCAUUUUAGGAGAUGUCAAUUCCAUUAUGGAUCCUGAAAUACAUGCCCAAGUUUUUGAUUACCUUUGUGAACUCUGGCAGAAUCUUGCUAAGAUUAGAGAUAAUCUUGGCAUUUCAGCUGAUAACAUGACAUCUCCUUCUCCACCUGUUUUGAUUCCUCCACUGAGAAUUCUUACUCCGUGGCUUUUCAAGGCAACCAUGUUGAGUGAUAAAUACAAACAAGGCAAAUUACAUGCUUAUAAACUCAUUUGUAAUACAAUGAAGCGAAGACAAGAUGUUUCCCCAAAUAGGGACUUUUUAACUCAUUUCUACAAUAUCAUGCACUGUGGACUACUUCAUGUUGAUCAGGAUAUUGUAAAUACAAUCAUCAAGCACUGUUCUCCUCAGUUUUUUUCACUUGGUUUGCCUGGUGCUACCACACUGGUCAUGGACUUCAUUAUAGCAGCUGGUAGAGUGGCAGCAUCAUCUUUUCUUAAUGCACCACGAGUAGAAGCACAAGUUCUCUUAGGAUCUCUAGUUUGCUUUCCCAACUUAUACUGUGAACUCCCAGCUCUACAUCCAAACACUACUGACAUUGUUGUUUCUCAGUUCACAGACGUUAAGGAACUCAUCAUCAAAACAGUAUUAAAUUCUGCAAGAGAGGAACCAUCUGGGCCUGCAAGAUGUGUUGCUCUAUGCAGCCUUGGCAUAUGGAUCUGUGAAGAACUGGUACAUGAAUCUCAUCAUCCCCAAAUCAAGGAAGCCCUGAACGUGAUCUGUGCAUCAUUGAAAUUUCCAAAUAAAACAGUUGCACAUGUUGCUUGCAAUAUGCUUAAUAUGCUGAUUCAUUAUGUACACAGGCUACAAAAGUACCAACCUGAUUCACCAUUAAAAAUUAUUCAGAUUCUGGUAGCAACCAUCACUCAUCUUUUGCCCAGUACCGAAGCUUCUUCUUAUGAACAGGACAAGAGGCUGGUGGUAGCUUUGCUUCUCUGUUUGUUGGACUGGAUAAUGGCCUUGCCUUUAAAGACACUAUUUCAACCUGUUUGCCCAGCAGGAUCUGAAAAUGAUAAAACAGAAAAAUCUGUUCUCAAUUGCAUAUACAAGGUUCUUCAUGGAUGUGUCUAUGGAUCUCAGUGCUUUAGCAAUCCAAAAUAUUUUCCUAUGAACCUUUCUGAUUUGGCAUCUUCGGAUUAUGAUCCUUUUAUGCAUUUAGAAAGUUUGAAGGAACCAGAGCCAUUACAUUCACCUGAUUCAGAACGGUCUUCAAAACUUCAGCCAGUCACGGAAGUGAAAUCUCAUAUCCAGCAAGGAUUGAUCUCUGUGGCAGCUCGUACUGUUAUAACACAUCUGGUAAACCAUUUGGGCCAUUAUCCAAUGUGUGGAGGCCCUGCUAUGCUCACAAGUCAAGUAUGUGAGAACAAUGACAAUCCUUACAGUGAAAGCCCUGAACUUUCUCCAGAACUUUUUGAGAAUCCCAACCUCCAGUUUUUCGUGCUAAAUAAUACAACAUUAGUUUCAUGUAUACAAAUCCGUGCAGAAGAGGACAUGCCCGGAGGGGGAUUAUCUGCUGGACUUGUAUCGGCUAAUUCAAAUGUUAGAAUUAUAGUGCGUGACCUGUCUGGCAAAUAUUCAUGGGAUUCAGCCAUUCUAUAUGGACCUUCACCGCUCUGUAGUUCAUCUGAGCCAACUUCUUUUGUCCUCUCAUUACCUCAUCAAGAGAAACUAGAAGAUGCUUCAGAAACUACCACAUAUGUAGAAGAGCCAUGUGUAAAGGAUGGAAAUGCACUCCAGGUGAAGAGGAGGUUUAGGGAAACCGUGCCAACAUGGGACACAAUUAGGGAUGAAGAAGAUGCCCUUGAUGAGCUCUUGCAGUACAUAGGCAUCACUAGCCCUGAGUGCUUGCAGAGAACAGGUGUGUCACUCAACGUUCCUGCUCCUCAGCCUAUCUGUGUCUCAGAGAAGCAGGAAAAUGAUGUAAUCAAUGCAAUCCUUAAGCAACACACAGAAGAAAGAGAUUUUGUUGAAAAGCAUUUCAAUGACUUAAAUACAAAAGCUAUGGAGCAGGAUGAGCCAACCCCACAAAAACCCUGUUCACCAUUUUACUAUUGUAGACUACUUCUUAGUAUUCUGGGAAUGAAUUCUUGGGAUAAAAGGAGAAGCUUUCAUCUCCUGAAAAAAAAUGAAAAGCUACUUCGGGAACUGAGAAAUUUGGACUCGAGACAAUGUCAUGUGUCUUACAGCCGGGAGACGCACAAAAUUGCUGUAUUUUAUGUUGCUGAGGGACAAGAGGAUAAACACUCCAUCCUCACUAAUACCGGAGGAAGUCAAGCGUACGAGGAUUUUGUAGCAGGCCUUGGUUGGGAGGUGAACCUUACAAACCAUUGUGGUUUUAUGGGAGGAUUACAAAAAAAUAAAAGUACUGGCUUAACCACUCCAUAUUUUGCUACCUCUACUGUGGAAGUAAUGUUUCAUGUUUCGACCAGAAUGCCUUCUGAUUCAGAUGACUCCUUGACAAAAAAGCUAAGACAUUUAGGAAAUGAUGAAGUUCACAUUGUCUGGUCAGAGCAUACAAGGGACUACAGAAGAGGAAUAAUUCCUACAGAAUUUGGAGAUGUGCUCAUUGUUAUAUAUCCAAUGAAGAAUUACAUGUUCAGUAUCCAGAUUAUGAAAAAACCUGAGGUCCCAUUCUUUGGUCCAUUGUUCGAUGGUGCUAUUGUGAAUGGAAAAAUUCUUCCUAUUAUGGUUCGUGCAACAGCUAUAAAUGCAAGCAGAGCAUUGAAGUCACUCAUCCCAUUAUACCAAAACUUCUAUGAAGAAAGAGCUCGGUACCUGCAAACAAUUGUUCAGCACCAUCUAGAUCCUUCAACUUUUGAAGACUUUGCAGCUCAGGUUUUCUGUCCAGCACCCUGCCAUCAUGUGCCCUCUGAAACUGGCUCCUACCCAGAGACUCAGACGUCCGAAGUUCCAGCAGCAGCGCAGAUGGACGGGCCCGAUCUAGCCUUCCCCAUGUCUCCCCGGACUAGCAAGAGCCGCAUGUCUAUGAAGCUACGGCGCUCCUCUGGUUCAGCCAACAAGACCUAAGAAGAAAUUAUGCCUGCAGCACCUUUUCAUGCUAUUCCUGUGCCUAAAGAGAAUAUUUUCCCCACAGUCAUCCACUCUUAGGUUUAUUUUAGAAAACCAUAUUGGAAUUUAAUAUUUUCACACUGAAAAUAUUUUAGCUUUUGUUAGAGUAUUUUUUAUCAGACUUCCCGCUGCCAUACUUUGUCAGUGCAGUCCUUUUCUGUAUCUUUUACCUUUUCUUCUGAGAUGUUCAACAGCAGCCACUCUGUUUUAACCUCUGGGGCUGGUUGCUAGCCACCCCUGGAUAUGGAGACUGCAGGCAUGUUCUGCUCUAUUUAUUGUGCAACCCUCUCAAUAAUUAAAAAAAAUGUACCAUUUGCAAAUGAAUGUACUACUUUUCCAAUGAAGAUGUGUCUGUGAAGUCCUCUUCAAAGGUGAUGUUCAAAAUUGCAUAAAAUUAUGUACAGAGUAUGUGUGUGAUAUGAAUAAAUCCUUUCAAGUAAACAGGUCCAACACCAGCUCUGUUACUGUCAUUCACUACUGAACAGGCACAAUAACAGGAUCCUGGUGCUGAAUUGUAAACUUUCUACUUUCUCUUGCUAGUAUUUGCUUUCCAGUUGGGAGUUAUGGCCACAGAAAGCAAUUCCUACUUUCAGCAAAAUGAGACUAUUCCUAAGUCUGUAAAAUACAUAUAUACUCACACGUCUUCAAGCACUUUGCCAUGUCAAGUCACUGCUCUGAGCUAUGUACUGGGAAAAAGGGACUGUGCCCUUAUAGCUGCAGAUGUCUAUGCGAACACAUUCCACCUCACACUCCCACUGUCCCCAGAGGUAUUUUCCUACUGAAGAAGACAUACAACUGUGUUGUCUGCCAUAUUCCACUCUAACAAAAUGUAGCAUGGCACCAGUACUAACUGCAUGUGUAAAUACCCAUCCCUCACUUGGGCAACUAUAGAAUUAUAUAUUGAUGUAUUUGUUCACCGUGUAGUAUAUACAAAUUUGUAAUGGUUGAAAAAAAGACAUGCUAUUUAAUAAUACAAUAAAAUUAUUCUUACCA